GCUGCGAUUGGUUAAGGCUGACGUCAAUCAUGCGCGGCUCCCGCCCACUGCCGGACCCGGAAGCAGAGGUGAGGGCGGGGGUCCAUGGUGGCUGCUGUGGGGGUGACAUGUGUCCCCGUUCCCGGUGUCCCCAUCCCUGGGCACGGGCGCGACCCUCUGCGGGCGGGGAGGAGAGGGCAGGGCAGCGGGGCCGCCUGGCGCCAGGCGCCGGUGGAGGGGACCUGCUGGGAUUUGUCCUUGUCCUUCCAGGCGCGCACGGGAGGUGGUGCUGGUUCCCCGGCUGGCCCCGGGGCUGUGGGGGCCGCAGCGGGGGCGUUGUCCUUGUUGUGGCUGAUCAGGAACUGAUGGGAGCGGUUGAAGUGGUUGACCAAAAGACCUGAGCGUCCUCCGGGGGUGUGGUUGGUGGCGGAGGGCUCCGUGUUGUGGUUUCCCGUUUGGAAGCCGGAGCUCCUGGUGUGGUUUGCAGAGGGGAAUGGCUGUGAGAGCUUGUGGCUUGAUCAUCUACAGGAGGUUGCAGCCAGCACCAUCCUCUAACAGCAUCGAGUACCUCCUGCUUCAGACAUCCUACGGGACCCACCACUGGACCCCACCCAAAGGCCACGUGGACCCAGGGGAGGAUGACCUGCAGACAGCCUUCCGGGAAACACAGGAGGAGGCUGGUCUGCAGGCCAGCCAGCUCACCCUCAUCGAGGGCUACAGGAAAGAGCUGCACUACCCUGUCCGUGGCAAGCCUAAGACCGUCGUGUACUGGCUGGCAGAAAUGAAGGACUGCAACACGGAAAUCAAGUUGUCAGAGGAGCACCAAGCUUUCCAGUGGCUGAAGCUGGAGGAUGCCUGCAAAUUUGCAGAAUACGAGGACAUGCAAGCAACGCUGAAGGAAGUGCAUCAGUUUCUCUGCUCCAGAGAAUAAGUGUUUUUUUUUUUUUUUUUUUAAGUGUAAGGGGAUUUCUUGAGGAGAUGAUCUGCUUUUUAUGUUUUAAACUGGAGGAAGAAUUAUAUGGCUGCAGAAAUGUAGAUUUCUUUUUUUUUUUUUUUUAAUCUGUAGGAAUUCAGUGAGGAUACAUGGAGCUUUUAAAGAGAUUGUGCUUUUGUCUCCCUAGCUAGCACAAAAAAGCAUAGUCUGAUUGAACCAUAAGCCAGAGAUGUCUGAAUUGAAGCCUAGGGCUAACAAAAGACUUCCUCUGUCUCCUUUUCUUUUUCUUUUUUUUUUCCCCUUUCUUUUUAUUCCUUGAAGUGCUGAACAACCACAGGUCUUUUUGAAAAAUCAAACACUUGAUACAUCUUGACUUGAUGAUGUAAAACUAGAGAGUUGAGGAAAUGAGCGUAUGGGGAUUUUUAAUAACAAAAUGCUUUCUGCAGAAGUCAUACCUUGAAUUUCAAAUGAAGAAGCAGUAUUUCUAUUCCCAGCUCUUCCAGUGAUAUGCAGGGAUAACUUGUCAGAUCGUUUCAGGUAUUUUUUGUUUGUAUCAUGAAUUUAUGUACAUCCCUCAUGUACUGUUGUGAGAACAUUUUCCAUCCAGAGAGUCUUAGUAAAUGGUUGAAGUACAGUAUUUAAGUGGUAAUUGAAGUUCUUUUCCUCUUUCUUUUAGUUUUUUGAUCUUUAACAGACACCUUAGCUAUACAUAUUUCAGGGGCUUGGGAGGGGAUACUUAAUUCACUUUCUGCACAGGAUAUCCGAGCUUACGUGCAAUUUUGUGUCUGCUUUAUACUAUCAGUGCUUCUAUGGCUGCAGCCACUCAUCUUUUGGGGCAGCAGACAUUAAUAAUGUUGGUAGCAGUGUGACAGGGGUCUCUUGC